AUGAGAGUCGCGUUUCCCGAGGAUGAGCUGAGGCCUGUGUCCUGCGUACCUUUGACCCGAGACUCGCGGAACCCGCGAAAUGUCGAGCUCAACGAUGUUUUGGGGAAUUACUCCCUGACCCUGAUUGACAGUCUCUCUACCCUUGCAAUACUGGCAUCUGCGCCCCCAGAUCGAUCGUCUACGGGACCAAAGGCUCUGCGCGACUUCCAAGACGGCGUAUCCUCACUGGUAUUACAAUAUGGGGAUGGCACAAGCGGACCGGCCGGGGAAGGUCUGCGAGCGCGGGGGUUUGAUCUUGAUAGCAAAGUCCAGGUCUUCGAGACGGUGAUAAGGGGCGUGGGAGGGCUGGUCAGCGCACAUUUAUUUGCUUCUGGAGAACUUCCAAUCAGCAGUUACAAGCCGGUAGUGGCAAAGACCGUGGAAACCAAGCCCAACCAUGUCGAGACCCCGACAAUAGUAUGGCCAAAUGGAUUCCGAUACAAUGGCCAACUUCUUCGUCUGGCUCUGGAUCUUGCUCAGCGUCUACUUCCGGCAUUUUAUACCGCAACUGGUAUGCCAUAUCCGAGAGUGAACCUUCGCCAUGGAAUCCCUUUCUAUCAGAAUUCUCCCCUUAAUCACGACACAGAAUCAGACGGUUUCAUACUUGAUGGCGCGCCCGAGGUCACAGAAACGUGUAGUGCAGGGGCCGGAAGCCUAGUGUUAGAAUUUACCGUCUUGAGUCGACUCACAGGUGACCCGAGAUUCGAACAACUGGCCAAACGAGCAUUUUGGGCUGUGUGGAAUAGGAGAAGUUCUAUUGGCCUCAUUGGAGCCGGCGUUGAUGCUGAGAAUGGGCAAUGGAUUGGUCCAUAUUCUGGAAUAGGUGCAGGGUCUGAUAGCUUCUUCGAGUAUGCGCUGAAGACUCAUAUCCUACUUUCUGGACACGAUUCACCGAAUUUAACGGCCCCGUUCAAACAGCCGCACGAAUCCUGGCUUGACCCGAAUACGAUCUAUAAUCCUUUGAGUAUCGAGGAAAACUCAUCAGAGGCUUUCUUAGAAGCCUGGCACCAAGCACAUGCCGCAAUCAAAAGACAUUUGUACAGCGGCACUCAUCACCCCCACUACAUCAAUGCCCAUUUGGUUACGGGCUCGCCACAGGCCUUCUGGAUUGACAGCCUUGGUGCUUACUAUCCCGGUCUGCUGACAUUGGCGGGUGAGGUAGAGGAAGCAAUUGAAACGAAUCUGCUGUAUACCGCAUUGUGGACUCGAUACGCAGCACUACCUGAAAGAUGGUCUGUGCGUGAUGGUCAAAUUGAAGGAGGUCUUGGAUGGUGGCCUGGACGGCCAGAAUUCAUAGAAUCCAAUUACCAUCUGUAUCGGGCCACUAAUGACCCCUGGUAUCUCCACGUUGGUGAGAUGGUGUUAAAAGACAUCAAACGACGAUGCUGGACUGAGUGUGGUUGGUCUGGUCUCCAGGAUGUUCGUACUGGCGAGAAGAGUGACCGUAUGGAAAGUUUCUUUCUGGGAGAAACCGCCAAAUAUCUAUACCUCCUCUUCGACCCAGACCAUCCUCUAAACUCUCUUGAUGCUGCUUAUGUCUUCACUACCGAGGGGCAUCCAUUGCUUAUUCCUAAGGAAAAGAGACCUUCCGCUGUUUCACAGAAGCCAGCAGCCACGAAAGAUCUUCUGGCCCAUGUUGGUGAACAGGGUAGAGACACAUGUCCACUCCCUCCAGUACCCAUUCCUCUUACGGUUUCAGCAACAGCAGCUCGGUCUGAUAUAUUCCAUGCUUCCAGUCUGAUUGGCUUGCAUCUGAUACCCAAUUCUCGUUCAAUAGAGGCUGGCACACCGAAGAAAGUGGCUUCGGGACCAAAGCUACAAACAUUCCCAAACCACACGUACUAUCCUUGGACUCUCCCUGAAACACUCAUGCCUGUCAACGGAACAUGCGAUAAACUUCCUAUGAAGACCACGUUCACGAUUGAAUUCCCCGCCAACGCACCACUAUCCACUGUCGAUGCGUCGAAUUUCAUAAUCUUCGGGCCUCAGGCCCUCGUCCGACUGAAUGAUGGAAUCCUUGUCAGGAGUCUUUCUGGACUGAAGCUAGGUAUGGUUUACGAAUCGCCAUCUCCAUUCAGAGCAAUUGAUGCACCUCUCCCUGAAUCUUGGCGAGUAUGGACCAUCGCCAACAUGGCCCUUGGGCGAGACGAGAAGGUCUUUAUCCCUCGAGACGUCAUCGGAGACAUGAACGAUCCAUCCUUCACACGGGUACGAGACUCAGUCAUGCUAGACAUUGUUAUUCAACUCGAAAAUCCCGUGACGAACAACCGAACUUCUUUCGGGGAUUCAGAACUCUACUCCCGAUCAUCUGAUGAAGGAAACGAGGGACCGCAAGUUUCCUUCGAUGAAUCAACCAACGGAGCUGCCGCCGGUCGAGCAGCCGAAUACAGAGGCAUGCUCUCGUCGCUCAUCCACCAAGUCACCUCUGCCCUCCGGGACCCAGCGACCACCUUACUUCCACAACCCGAAAUUCCACAAACAUAUUCCUUCGCCACCCUCCCCGCCAUAUCUGCAACUGGCAAGGGCGCCGCGCCAAUAAUCGAUGCCGUCGAAGCCCCCGAUCCGAACCAGGGUCCCAUCUCAGACCGGUUAGCUUGGAGCAAGAUCUAUUUUGCCGGCGAAGCAUGCACAGGCAAGCUCCCCGACGAAGCGGUCCGCAAGCACCAAAUCAUCGUCAUGCUCCGGGGCGGCUGCAUGUUCUCGGAAAAGCUAGCCAACAUCCCGAGCUACACGCCCUCGUCGCGGGGUCUGAAACUCGUCAUCGUAAUCUCGAAUUCCGAGGACGACGAGGACGAUGAGGACGACGAUGGCGGCGGCGCGGGUGGUGACGAUAUGGGAUAUAAGCUCAUCAGACCGCUCUUAGAUCACGAGCAGAGAACUCCGAGCGGACUAUUGCGCCAUCAUCAGAUCUCGAUGGUUAUGGUAGGCGGCGGCCAGGAGGCUCUGGAUCUAUUCAAGAGAGCGAGGAGCGUGGGGUUGAGGCGCAGAUACCAUGUUGAGAGUCAGGGCAUGGUGGUUGGGAAUAUCGUCGUCGUCUGA